GCGGAUUUCUUUAUCCAGUUUCAUUGAUUUAUCUGUUGAAUAAAUUAUUAUUAACAGAAUGGCGCCAAGUUCUCGAAGAUGAAAUUAUAUUAGCAUUUAAGGGUCACAAUGGCACUGUGAUUUCUGUAUCCGAACUUGACGGAUACGUUGUUCGACUUUGGGAAAUUCAGACAGGAUUUAUGCUUUGGGAACAAAAAAUAAAACCUGCCGGACCUGGUCGUACAAAUUCGAAGAACGACGAAAUUUUUGCGCAGAAGGUAGAUGUUGUAUUCACUAUGGACAACAUGGGUGUAGUUGUACUUGUAGGUGGAUGUACCAUUGUAAACUUUGAUUAUACUGAUGGUAGACAGAUAUGGAGGUCGGAUCUGGCAGAAAGUCCUACGCUUUUUCAUAAGCUCGUCGGACAUAAUCAAAAUAUGUAUGCUGUUGGUCUCAAAAAAUCUUUCAAAUCUUAUUCUAUCGAAGUAUUGACUUUCGAUGUUCAGACUGGUGUUUUGAAAUCGACAUCUCUUUCCUCACAAAUUGGCCAUAUUAAAGAUAUGAUCAUAGUAGGUGGAAGAUCGAACUCUGGAUUCAUUGUUUGGAAAGAGGGACAAUAUAUACGUGUCAAUCGUUUGGGUAGUGAUUCUAUCGAACAAUCUUCGCUCGAGUCACUUUACCGCAACGUUAUACCAUCAUUUUCUGGUGUUGUUGGAAACCUUGAAUUUGUUAAUCUCAACAUAGAUUCGAGAACAGAAUUUCUUAUUCAAGCGUCUACAACGAAUGGCAAUUCUGCUGCUGUGUUCAAUAUAGAUUUGGAAAGUGGCCGACUAAUAGCACUCUAUGAUUUAGGAGAGAGGGCUAGUACAUCAGUUUAUUCUGGUGCCCUUGAUAAAAGCGAACGACUAAUUAUUUCUAGAAUCGUAACAGUAUCAAAGGAUCUCGUUAAAAUUGAAAUUGUUGCACCUGCUCAUCGUUUAGCAUUAGGGAGUCAUGAAAUUUCUUAUUCCAUGGCCGCUUCCGGAGGCGUAACGAAAUCACUGCUCGAUGUUACUACAAAAAAAAAUAACGAAACUGUGGCUUAUCGCAUGCUCGUAACUUCUGAUGAUGGUUCUGUGCAUUUUUUUAAAGAAGACAGCAUUGCGUGGAAUAAGGAAGAGUCUCUCUCUCAUGCCAUGGAAGUAGAAUUUCUCGAUUUACCAGAGAAAAAGUUAUGGACUCAAGAAAUCGACGAGCUUGACGAACAAUCGGAAGAAUCUGAAACUAUCUCACCUUUGACUAGAUAUGUUCGACGAUUGAUAAAUCAUAUCGAGCAACUUAAGGAUUUUCCCGAUUACCUGAUUACUUAUGCUCAACGAUUUGCUACUGGCAAUUAUUCAGUUUACCCAUCGCCAACAUCCAAGGCAAAAACGAGCCUAUAUAGAGAUACUUUUGGUUUCCAUAAGCUGUUAAUUUUUGUGACUCAAACGAAAUUAGUGGCUUUAGAUACUAGCAAUAAAGGGCAAAUAGUUUGGUCUCGGUAUUUCGGUGGCAUAGUAUCCGAAUUUCAGAAAAUAUUUGUUGUUAGGUCAUCCACUGUCAAAUAUCCACCUGUUGUCGUUGCGAUAGGAAUACAAAAAACCGACAAAGGCAACAUAACCUGUCUUUUCAGGUUAAACGCACUUACUGGGGAAGAUUUUAUUACUGAUAAUGAAAUAUACGCGCCUACAGAAAAUAAUAUCUCUUUUAGCAUUCCUACAACUGCUCGUCGAAUUUUUAAAUUGCCAGUAGAAGAACCUGAUGAAAGAACGCAUAUAAUUGCAUUGUUAGAUGAAGAUUUAAAGGCAAGUUCAUUAAAAGUUUUCCAAAAGUUCGCAGCAUCAUUUUAUUUUACAUUAUCAGAUUGUAUUGGCGGUAAAAGUUUGAAAGGAUAUAGCAUUGCCAUUGAUAAAAUUUCACAGCCUUUCAAUAUUAAUAGACUUUGGGAACUUAACUUUCCAGAAGGAAAUAAUAUUGUGGCAAUUGGACAUAGGCCUAGCCAUGAGAAAGUUGCCUCUUUAGGCAGAGUUCUUGGUGACCGCUCAGUUCUAUAUAAAUACCUUAAUCCACAUACAGUUGCAGUUGCCACGUCGUCUCCUUCAACAGCAUCUCUUGAUUUCUAUUUGAUUGAUAUUAUUAAGGGAUCUAUAUUAUAUCAUGCCACACACGACAACGUUAGUCCUUCACAUCCUGUACAAAUUAUUCAAGUUGAAAAUACAAUUGUAUAUCAUUUUUGGAGCGAGGAACAAGAGAAGGGAUAUAAGGUGGUUGUAUGUGAUUUAUACGAAAGCGAAAAACCGGAUGAAAGAUUUGAUAGUCACAAUUUUACUUCGUUUGCGAAUGAACGUCCGUAUGUAAACGCUCAAGCAUUCAUAUUCCCUUACGGAGUCAGAACUAUUGGUGUUACAACAACUAAGAAUGGCAUUCCUAUACGUGAAUUUUUAUUUGCGCUGGAUACAGAUCAAGUUUUGGGCUUACCUAAAAGGUUUCUUGAUUCGCGAAGACCACAACGUGCUCUAACGAAUGAAGACAAGGAAGAAAUGCUGAUACCUUAUGAACCAGCGAUUCCUGACAAUAAGAAGUUUAUUUUAUGUUAUAGUCUACCGAUUUACGGAAUCCGCCAUAUUACAACAUCACCUUCUCUUUUAGAAUCAACCUCACUUGUACUUGCAUACGGUUUAGAUUUGUGGUUUACGCGAGAAGCGCCUUCCAAAACUUUUGAUGUUCUAAGCGAAGACUUUAGCAAGGGAACAUUAUUAGCAACCAUUUUAGGGUUGGUUAUAGGAAUUCUUGUAACAAAGCCAUCG